AUGGCCGAGGGGGAGGAGGAGAAAGAGAAUUCAUUGAUGCAGAAUAACAAUAGGUCCAAUCCUGGAACAUGGCAUCGAUCCGUGAAAAGAAAACUCGCCGAAUUCGAUCAAGGAAACGCGACCAUCCCCACUCCAGAACCCGCCAAGGUCGAGGUCCCGAACGAUUUCGUUGAAUUGCGUACAAUGACUACCAAUCAACAAAAGACGAUUCAAGAUCUCACCUUAGAAUUGGAGGAAGAAAGGAACGCGUCCUCGUCCGCCGCCAACGAGGCAAUGUCGAUGAUCAUAAGGCUACAGAACGAAAAGGCAGAGUCUCAAAUGGAGGCUCGACAAUUCAAACGAAUAAUAGAGGAGAAGAUGACUCACGACCAGCACGAGAUUUCCGCCAUGGAGGAACUAUUGUAUAAAAAAGAACAAACCAUUCAAUCUCUCAACUGCGAGGUUCAAGCUUAUAAACACAGAAUGAUGAGUUAUGGCCUAACCGAAUCCGAAGCCGACGGGGAUCAAGAAAACGGAACCAUCAUGAGCCGUGAUAGCAGCCUGGCCGAGCUCACCGAUCUCUAUCCCCCUCUCAAAUGCAAUCUAAACGAGAAUCAAUAUCGUAAUUCCGAAAACAACUACGAAACAACAGAUGUCGAUAAAUACGCGUUUGGGGAGACUCCGCGACCGCGCGAUCAUCUCAAGGAUUUGGAGUUCAGGAUUAACCAAUUAGAACGAAGCCCUAGAACAGCACCUACAACGCCAACAACCCCCGAGGGUGCGAAAAAUGCAUUUGAAAAGAUCGUCGGUCAAUCUCCUCGAAGACCUCGGCAUUUUAGAAGAAUCUCAACGGGAAGUUCAAAUUCUGUUAUGGCAACCAUUAAGGAAACGAGCUCAAAUUCCUUAGAGACAUCACCGAGGUUUAGCAACCUCCGGAAAAUGGAAAGCAUGCCUCCGUACAUAACUAAUUUGGGAAAGUUCGAAAAUUCGUCAAAAAUUGUAGAUGAUGAUAUGAGCGAUAGGGUUUAUACCAUUAAUGUAGUUUCCAAUUCAGAAACUAAGCCCCAACCGCCGCAUCCGGUUCAUAACAAUAAUAACAACAACAAUGUCGAUGUUUUCGACGAUGAUAUGAACAAUACGCCAAAGGAAUCUGUUUGUCAGGCAGAUGGGGGAGAUGAAGAGGUGAAGAGACUUUACAUGAGGCUUCAAGCACUGGAGGCCGAUAGAGAAUCGAUGAGACAAUCGAUUAUUUCAAUGAGGACUGAAAAGGCACAAUUGGUGUUGUUAAAGGAGGUGGCCCAACAUAUGUGUAAAGACAUGUCUACUCCUAGGUUGCCUGCUCCUUAUAAGCAAUCUCAAGCUCGGAGGUUUUCAUUCUUAUCAAUAUUCAAGUGGAUUGCAUGCAUUGUUUUUUGGAGGAAGCGAGCUCGUCGCAGCAAGUACAUAUUUGGAGCAUCAAACAGUAAUUCUGGGCCAGGCUUGUUAUCGGUUCUGGAGAUGGCGAAUAAUGUCCCUCGACUAGGGCAAGGGAGAUACUUAUCAAGUAUACACAUCGUCUAAGGCCACAUUUUACUACUUUUAGGGUAUAAUAUAUACUCAUUCAUCCUCUGUAUGUAUAUAUUAUAUAAAUAUAUGCUAUAAUCAAACAUCACAUUCCCAAUAUUAUUGUCAAUGUCUUCUUCUAUAUUGUGAUCUCGUUCUAAGUGAGAGCUCUAGACAGUGUCAUUUCUA